AUGUCCUCGGCCACGACGCCCGACGCCGAGAUCGACGUCGCGGACCGCGUGGGAUGCGCAAAAUGUCGCUGGUCCUUGGGCGGGUGCGGGUCGUGCAGGACGCAACCGCCGAGCGAUCGCGCGCGAUGUCCGCCGCUCCACGCGCGCCCCGGGUACGUCGCGUGGGCCAAGAGGAACGGUAUCGUCGUCAACGCGCGCGCAAAGGCGGCGACGCGCGCGCGAACGGAGAAGAUGACGGAGGGAGCGCGGAAGAAGGCGAAGACGCGCGAGACCGCGGAUUCCGACGAGGCAGAAUUCGAGGAGGCGACGCGAGCGAAGCGAGCGACGACGCUCGAGCGAGAGGCGGAUCGAGAGACGGUAAACCGUGAGACGGCCGAACGCGCGGUAGUAGAACGGACGAGGGAGGCGGCGGCGAGGGAGGCGGCGGCGAGGGAGGCGGCGGCGAGGGAGGCGGCGGCGAAGCAAUUCACAGUGGACGUCGAUUGCGGACGGUUCAGAUCGGACAUCGUGGGACGACACGGCGACAAUUUGAAGGUGUUGAGGUUCAAAUCUGGGGCGCGCGUGCAGGUGCAUCCGGAAAACGAGACGAUGAUCCAAGUUUACGGCACAAGAGAACGAAUAGUCAAAGCGAAAGAGGCGAUUACUGAGGCACUGCAAAAGGCUGAGGAGCGCGCAAAGGAGCGCGCGGCGCGAGGAACGACCCCGGUUAAACCGAAAAAGCCAGCACUAAACGUGAUGAACAUCGUUAACGACAUGAAGAAACCGAUCGAGCGGGACUCGCUCGAGGCGUUGGCCGCUCUGCAAGAUAGGUCUCAGACGGAAGAGGCGGAAGUCGCCAUGUUGGAUGCCCAGUCGCAAGCCGCUGUCGAUGAUUUCCUGGGUAAGCUCUCACAAAUAACGCGUAGCCGACAAUCGAUAUUCGAAAUCACAAGCGUCGCCCUUGCCAUGUCAUCUCGUGAAGGUGUGCCUGAGGCUGUCGUGUCCACUCUUCGAGAGCAAAUGUCAAACGAGUCCACGUCGGCGUCGACGCGGCUCACAUUACUCUUCGUUGUCGACUCCAUCGCCCAAGCGAGUAACGUCGAAUCGCGAGGCGGGUCGCAUGCCGUCCACGCCAUGUACACACGAGCGUUGCGUAAGCACAUAGCAGACAUCAUCAAACAUGUGAUAGCCGUGAUCAAGGUGGAUGAGGCGACGGAGAUGAAGGGUGUCGAGGUGCCGGACGGCGCUACCAUAGGGGAAGCACACGCGCGAUACCGCCGUCAGGCAGUGCAGAAAGUUUUAGCGAUUUGGGAAAAGCGUGGGGUCAUGGGAGCAAACGAUAUCGCGAUCGGUAAAAAGGCAAUCUCAAAGUUCAGACAUGAACACUUGAAGAAGCGGGCGAGGGAGUUUGAUGCGAGACUGGAACGGCAGCCUGAGGCUAAAAUCAAGGUGCAAUCCGACGGACUUAAUGCGAAUGAAUUCGAUGACAUCGCGGCGAUGUUGGGCAACCAGUAUGGUGGCAUUGAUGCCUCUGGUAUCGACCUGAGCAUGCUCCGAGCGAAGCGCGUCGAUGACGCGGCCGACACGCCGGCGUCUCCAAAGCACACGCAAAAAGUCUACAUGGACUGGGAUUCGGCGCCACCACAGGGUGACACGGGUGCGUUUGAGACCACGCGCUUAAGUCCUGGUUCGGUGAGGGAUCCGAAAUCCGCGCACAGAAGCUUUCUCACGGAGAGCGGCGAGCUAGAUUGA